GGCCCCGCCUGCGGGGAUGGCGGCGGCGGCCGGGGGCCGGAGCAGCGAGCACCGCUGCAUCACGCAGUGGAUUGCUGAUCAUUUCUACAUGUGUGAAGGAUGCAGCGUACCUCGUUGUCUGUUAUAUGAAAUGUACAGAGAGAACUGCAGACAUUAUGAUCAGAACCAAGUAAAUCCAGCUACAUUUGGAAAGCUUGUUCGUUUAGUUUUCCCAGAUUUGGGGACCAGAAGGCUGGGCACAAGAGGCAGUGCCAGGUAUCAUUAUGAUGGAAUUCAUAUCAAGAGGAGCUCUUCCUUUUAUGCACAUUAUUGCUAUCUUCUAAAUGAAAAAAAAUAUCACAGUGCAGAUGUAUCCAGUUCUGAGGAUGUAGCUUAUUAUCAGAAUGAUGACUACACAAAAGGAACACCUGGGAUCAAUUUGAACACAGAAAAAGAUAAAUUUGGAACAUCUCUGACUGAAUUCAGGAGAUUUUCUUCUUGGGAGGAAGAACUGGGAAAGAAACACUCCUACGAAAUGGUUGCUUUGCUUGCUGAUGAGUAUUGCAGCUACUGUCAAGAUAUCUUACAGAAUAUGAGGAACAAAGAACUUGACAAGGUGGAAGACUGUAUCACAUCUUUCUGGAAGUCUUUGCAGCCUGAAAUAAUAAUACUCAUGUCAUCGCCAGACAUGUGCCAGUUGUUUAAAUGCUACGAUAGACAGCUAUUCAAGGAAAUGGAGAGCAUUCUGCUUCAUGAUUUCCUGGAAGAUGUCUCUAUACAAUAUUUAAAGUCGGUCAGAUUGUUUAGUAAAAAUGUUAGCAUUUGGCUAGUUAGUGCUUUGGAAGAUUUUCCGCUACUGCUACGGAUGCUCAAAAUAAAAGAAGUCACUGUUUUUGUGAAAAGAAUAAGAAGAAAGACGUAUCUUUCUAAUAUGGUGAAGACAAUGAGAAUAGUCUUGAACAACAACAGCAGAGUCAGUGCUUUAAAGUCAGACUUGAAUGCUGUCCUCAAUCAGGAAAUACUGGACAUUCCUGGAAACACCUUGCAAAAGAAGUUUAAGCAUGUGGAUGGAAUGGAAAGAGACUUGGAGCUCAAAUGCUUGAAUAAUUUGAUUUCUUUGCUGGACACGUCUACAGAUAUUGGAGUUUUCUUGAACUCUGUAUCUGCCAAUCUUCGGACUUUUGUCAUUCAGCCAAGCAAGAGUAAAGAAGAGUUUAAACAACUAGCAGCUAAAUUCCAGCUGGGAUGGAACUUCCUCUUAACUGCAGUAAGCAAGGCUAUGACACUCUCACACAUGGACAGUUUUGGAUCCUGGCAUUUGUUUAACUUGCUACUUUUGGAAUAUGUUAUUCACAUUCUCCAAUCCCAUUUAGAGGAGGAAGGAGAUGAAGGUCUCUCAGUAAUUCAGCAGAACAGUUCUUCUGUUCAAGUAGUUCCCAAACCUGCCCACCUGCUGGAUGAUUUUUCUGUUGAACAGCCUCAAGUUGAAGUCCCAGAACCAGCACAUGUAACUUUGACACAAAGCCAGAGUGAUGUUAAUUUAAGCAGUGUUAUUCUCAAGGUCUUGAGCUGUCUGGUAGACACAGCCACAGGCAACAAGCUCCUCCAAGUUAUGUUGGAAGACAAAAUUACCAAGAGUUCUGUUAAACUGAAUCUUCCAGUUGGAAAGGAUGCACUCAUUACUCUAAAAGAUGGACAGAGAUUUAUUAUUCGCACUUCUGAUCCACAGUAGAUCUCCAGUGGUACUUGCUUAAGGGAAAGCCAGACAGACCUUUAAGAAUUGUUUGCAAGGGUGUAUUGCACUUACGAUGUGUUUAGUUUAUAUUUAAGAAAAAAAACGUUGUAUUUUCCUGGGAAUUGUGGGGGGGGAGGGAGGAGAUUGUAAUUAACAGUUAUGCAAUUGUGUGAAAGUUUGUUGUUAUUGUUUUUAACUCUGAUCUUUUUAAACUGAUUGGCAUAUUUGAAUAAAUCUGUAAAAAAUCCUACUGUGGAA